AAGCGAUACUGUUGUCAUCAUGUUGCAUCCAUAAAGACAAGCAAAUCAAGCGACCUCCUCACCUCCCUUGCAACUUCUUCUUCCUCUUCCCUUUUGCUUCCUCUAAUUUGCAAGACUCUCAUAUUCAAUCUUGUCCUGCUUCUUCUAUGACUCAGAUGCCUUACCUCUCCACCUAGAAAUUUCCUUCUUUCGAUUUGUGAGGCACUUUUUCUUAAGAGUUUUGGAGUUAGUUUGGUAUCAUCUCAUGGAUCCAACAAGGUACUGGAUGGUGACCAGAAGAAAGCUCGGUGAUCAGAAGGCGCCUCUCUUUACCACCCCCAGCAUCACCGUCGGCAGUGGCAGUAGCAGCUCAGCCUCCUACUAUGAGUCGUGGGAGGAGCGCGCCUUCGCCGAGGAUUCUGCAGCGCAUCUCGGAGGCUGCAUAUGGCCUCCGAGAUCCUACUCGUGCAGCUUCUGCGGCCGGGAGUUUCGGUCUGCGCAGGCGCUCGGUGGGCACAUGAACGUGCACAGGAGGGACAGGGCAAGGCUCAAGCUCUCUGGGGCGAGUGAAGAUGGUGGAAGCGAUAACCAAAUCAUGUCCCCCCAUCAAAGCUACAUGAUCCAACCGUGCCCUCCUCCAAUUGCGGCCGUGCAACACGCCUAUGGUGCAAACCCUAGUGCAACUAGCACUGAAACUAACCCUAAUCCCAUAUGCAGUGUUCUUGCGUAUCCUUCCAGAUCUUUGGUUCAGGCUGCAACUGCAAGAACCGUCUGGGGAAAACAAGUGUUGAGUGCCCCACUUAGCUCGCUGUCUGCUUGGAAUGACAAUGGUAAGAAAGAAGUGUUUCUGGAUGCUGCUCAAUUAUCCCAAGUUCAUCCAAGACCGGCAGCAAGGGUGAUUUCUAAUCCAGAAUUGCGGGUCGGGAGUGGUGAAUUGAAGCUUAGUGUUCUGGGGUGCCGGGAAAGAAAGGAUUUCAAGGAUCCUAGCGAUGAUGAAGGGAUUGUUCAUGUAAGUUGCAAGCGAAGAAGAAUUGAUUUGGAGACAUCCCCAUUGAUUAUAUGUUCUCCUUCUCGGAAGCAUCAACAUGAUGACGAAGAUGAUGGUAAUGACAAGCUUAAUGGUUCAAAGGUACUAAAACUUUGUCCUAGCUCCCCAGUUGAAGAACUAGAUCUUGAGCUUAGGCUCGGAGAAGCCCCAACAGUAAAGUAGGUUCUAUUAAUUUCCACGGUUGUAUCUUAAUAACAAUGCAAAUGAUUAGUAUUUAUUCACCUCACUUAGCUUGUUUCGUCAAAAUAUAAUGUUAGCUUGUGCUAUUAUGUUUUAUUUUUGUUUUACAAUUUCUUUGGAAUUGUCCUCAAUUCCUUUAAUAGACUUCACGAAAGCAUUUCUCUUGGAAAUGAAACUGUACUUGAAGGAUAACAACUCAACCUGUUUGCCAAAUGUUGUAACAAGAUGUUGCAUUAAUUGGAAUUCAAGAGGUUAGUGCUUGCAUGGCUUUGUGAACUUUUUGAUACAA